GCCCGCUUGUUGCAUAGCCAAAGAAAAAAAGUGACAAUUGCUGUGGCCAUUCAGUGUCCAUUACACUUCUAUCCAAUCUUGACGUCCUUAAAUCUUCAAGCCAUUGCUUAUAAACUGAUGCUGAAAUUGGGGCUACGGGCUUGGUGACCAGUUGAGGUCACCGUUUCAACAUGAAGUUCUUCAUAGAUAAUCUCCCUGUUCUCUUUCCCUAUCCUCGAAUUUAUCCCGAACAAUAUGCCUAUAUGUGCGAUAUUAAGCGGACCCUCGAUGCUGGGGGUCACUGCGUCCUCGAAAUGCCUUCAGGCACCGGCAAGACCGUCUCUCUCCUUUCCCUCAUCGUGGCAUAUCAGCAACACUACCCGGAACAUCGAAAACUUAUCUACUGCUCCCGUACCAUGUCUGAGAUCGAAAAGGCUCUGGCAGAAUUGAAAGCUCUCAUGAAAUAUCGUUCAGAACAACUGGGCUAUGUCGAAGACUUUCGAGGCCUUGGUCUAACCAGCCGUAAGAACCUGUGCUUGCACCCGUCUGUCAAACGAGAAAAGAGUGGCGCCGUCGUCGACGCGAGAUGUCGAAGUCUGACUGCGGGCUUUGUCAAGGAGAAGAAGGAGAGAGGUGAAGAUGUCGAGCUGUGUAUCUACCACGAGAACCUGGAUCUUCUCGAGCCUCACAACCUCCUUCCUCCGGGGGUUUUCACCCUCGAUGACCUGCUCAGGUACGGCGAGGAUCACAAACAGUGCCCGUACUUCUCUGCACGAAGAAUGAUGUCCUUUUGCAAUGUCAUAAUCUAUUCCUACCACUACCUGCUCGACCCCAAAAUCGCAGAACGUGUCUCGAAAGAGCUCUCAAAAGAUUGCAUUGUCGUUUUCGACGAGGCUCACAACAUUGACAACGUCUGCAUUGAGUCGUUGUCCAUUGAUUUGACAGAAGACUCGCUGAGAAAAGCAACACGAGGCGCCAACAACCUUGAACGCAAGAUCGAAGAAAUGAAAUCAUCCGACGAAGAGAAGCUUCAGAACGAGUAUCAGAAGCUCGUUGAAGGUCUUCGAGAGGCAGACGAAGCUCGCGCAGAGGACGCCUUUAUGGCCAAUCCAACAUUGCCCGAUGAUCUGUUGAAGGAAGCUGUGCCAGGUAACAUCCGCAGAGCUGAGCAUUUCGUCGCCUUCCUCAAACGCUUUAUCGAGUACCUUAAGACACGUAUGAAAGUCCUCUACGUUAUUCAGGAAACCCCGCCCUCCUUUCUCGCCCAUCUGAAAGAGCUGACCUUCAUCGAGCGUAAGCCUCUGAGGUUUUGCGCCGAACGCCUAACUUCGCUUGUCCGUACUCUGGAAUUGACAAACAUUGAGGACUAUCAGCCUUUGCAAGAAGUUGCGACGUUCGCCACUCUGAUCGCUACAUACGAACAAGGCUUUCUCUUGAUCCUGGAACCUUUUGAGACGGAGCAAGCGACAGUGCCAAAUCCUAUCCUUCAUUUUGCCUGUCUCGACGCUUCGAUCGCUAUCAAACCCGUUUUUGAACGAUUUUCCUCCGUCAUUGUCACAUCCGGCACAAUCUCACCUCUGGAGAUGUACCCAAAGAUGCUCGACUUUACCACAGUCACCCAAGAGUCAUAUCCCAUGUCACUGGCAAGACGGUCUUUCCUGCCAAUGAUUGUGACUCGCGGCUCAGAUCAACAAUCAAUCACAUCGGGGUUUCAGUCUCGUUCGGACCCUGGUGUGGUCCGCAAUUACGGUGCCCUGUUGUUCGAGUUCGCGAAAAUCACGCCUGAUGGGAUCGUGGUUUUCUUCCCUUCGUACCUCUACAUGGAGAUGAUCAUCAGUAUGUGGCAAGGAAUGGGUAUUCUGGACCAGAUUUGGACCUACAAAUUGAUUCUCGUGGAGACCCCAGAUGCCCAGGAGACGAGCUUGGCGCUUGAAACUUACCGUACCGCGUGCGAAAACGGCAAAGGUGCCAUCUUGCUCUGCGUCGCUCGUGGUAAAGUCUCCGAGGGGAUCGAUUUCGAUCAUCACUAUGGCCGGACUGUCUUGUGUAUGGGGGCCCCUUUCCAGUAUACCGAAUCUAGAAUCCUGAAAGCGAGACUGGAAUUUAUGCGAGAAAACUACAGAAUCAAAGAACAAGACUUCCUAUCCUUCGACGCCAUGAGACAUGCUGCGCAAUGUCUAGGCCGAGUGUUACGAGGGAAGGACGACUACGGAAUCAUGGUCCUUGCUGAUCGCCGUUUCCAGAAGAAACGAAACCAGUUGCCAAGAUGGAUUGCCGAAGAAAUCCAGGAUGGCCAGACUGGUCUGAGCACCGAUGCCGCCGUUGGGAUGGCAAAGAAAUUUUUGAGGAGCAUUGCUCAGCCCCUGGGUCCAAGUCAAAAGGCACCGGAUGGGACCACCAAAGGCAAAGAUAGUUGGACUCUGAAGGAGCUGGAAGCCUUUCAGAAAGAGCAAGCGUUGAAAAGAGGACAAGGGGACGAAGGCAGAGAGGGAGCCAACUAUCACGACUACAUGCACAGCGAAAUCAACAACAUACCAGUUCAGAAUGGUACCAAUAGUCACUCGAUCGCAGUUGACGAAUUCGACGAGAUGAUUGCGGAUGAGGAAUUUCUGCUGGCUGAAAGUAUGGAAAUUGGUUGAUAUGAACCACGAACUUGCAGCAUUGCACACGAAUCAAGCAAGUGGCGAACAUAUCCCGGCUUGCGGAAUACACCUGCGAGCCUUGCUUAAGCAUUUCGGUCUCCCCACUGCGAAGAUCACUUCAUGCGGUGUUCCCAUAUGUUGGCCCGGCGUCUGUCGACGCAGCUACGAGAUCCCAAAAAUCAAAGACUUCUAUCGGACAACCGGAUCAAUUAGGUGGAACUCCUGGAUUCGAAACUUUCUGUCCCGGUCAGCCAAUGUUCCUUCAACCUAACGAUGAUGGCCUGAACAGGCCAUCCUGUCCGUCUCUGACUGCCUAGUAAUCGGUUCACAACUUCACGACGGUCCUCGUCCCUUCUCAACCACUUCGCGCCUUUGCGAGUUAGUCCGUAUCCACACCAAGAGGAGGAAGCAUACUAUAACAAAUGGGACCAUAAGCAUUUACCAUGGUCGGGUCAUUAUUGGCAGUAAAUGUGGAUCCGCAUAUCAGUCUGGCAUAUUCCUCCAGUCUCGCCGAGCGCGCAAUGCUUACGUCUACAAGACACAUUGCCACAUAAUAGUAAUGCAUCGCUGCGACUACCACGGUCAGCCCAAACAACGGGGACAGGCAUGAAACUUACAAUGGCAAUUCUGCAACAUUCGAAUCCUCGGCAAGCCAUCGCUAUGAGACUCAUGGUAUGGUCGGAAUGGCAGAGUUGAAUACCAAUGCGACAGUGCUUGUCGAAGUCUCUCGACCGUCAUUUGCUCUUUAGCAAAAGCAGCAUUGAUCAAGCGCCCGAGGAGAAGCGUGAUCUGACUGGCGUAAUCAUCGUCACGACAAGGUUCCACGUUCACCUCCCCCAGAUCAAUUUUCAAUGGGCACUCGUUGAUGAGAGAAAAUGUUAUAUCCUCACGCAGGUAGUUCCACAGCCCGGCUCUGAGAAGUUGCUCACUCGGAAGUGCCGAGGACAGUAGUGGUAUCAAGGAGAAUGCCCCAAACAGGUGUCGGUUUGGAUCCUCCUCCUCUGCUUCACUUAGCAAAUCGACCGCGGGUCUCGGCAAAACUUACCAGAGAGGAUUUCAUACGAACGCAGCAAACACGUGGCUGCAAGUGCGGUGCCGUUCCUGAUCUCGAGAUCAUCACUGUCGAGGCCGAUGAGCAAUCUAAGACAAUGAGCGUGAUGUGUCUCGGCCAGGUUUUUGGAUGCAGCAUGCCCAGUUCUGCUUUUGUGCACAGCCGCAAACGCAAUGAUGGCACUCAGGAGCAAUCGGCUAUGUUGAGCUCUGCUUGCCACAAUCACUGCAAAAGUCAUAUCAAGAUCGUUCAAAUCGUACCAUGGUGCCAGUUCUUUGAGAUAGUGCUCGAAAUACUGUGCGAUAUCUUCAUCUUGCAGCGCGGUUUGAGGAUCUCUAAUCUCAGCUGCCUUAGCUUGUGUCGCCCCGAGCGCAUGAAUGGCUGUCUCGUCUUGUUUGCCGACGUUCUUCUGUGCGCGAAUCCUGAGAGAUUGGGACCUGUCGCACCAGCGCCCGCUCUUGUCGCAACGACCACAGGUCGGCACAGCCUCGUCACCUACAUUAGCUUGGUUAAUUUUGAAAUACAUAAACUCGAGGAGAUUCUACAUUUGAGCUUACGAAGUCGGCAUGUCCUGCUGCGAGGAAGACAUCAACAUUCGCAAUGACUUAUCAAAUGAAUGGAGGCCUACCAAGCUAUGUCAUUCAUCAGCUCAGAGCAUCAUGCCUUAUGACUUCUUGACUCACCGUUCUUGCCCACAAGCUUGGGCAUCGUGCGCCUGUGUUCUCAGUUUGACGAUGCUUACGGGUUUGUCAAGGACCAGAUCAAUGAUGGGACUUCUUGUGGAGUGAGGGGGCAGCCGCGCUUAAAAAGAGAACCCACGAGCUUUUUUCCUGGAGAAUUGCCAUGCCUGGUAACCCUGGCACCCUGGUAAUACCCCAGAGACGCCAAAUCCAGGGUUUGCUGGGGAAGAAACUACACUAACUUAACGGAACAUAUUCCAACGAAGGUUUUCCUGAGGUUGGCUUUUAACAAAUGGCUGCCGCUACGUCUGGUAUCUGCCGGGUUAAACAGGAUGAGCACUUCUGCCAGCAAUUCAUCCCGGGUAAGUCAGAGGUAGGACUGUGCGCUUCUUUUCGAUCUGAGACGUGGCCACUACAAAGAUUGCCCAAAGUCAUAGCUAUUUCCAAAACCACGAUUCAGGUAGCUGUCGAGGGCCUCUGGCUCGCUCACAUAAUUCGCCCUAACAUCAAGAUCCAUCACCUUUUGCACGACCGGUUUGACCUCUUCAGCCAGCUCCAACUUCAUUUGGUUACGAUACCAGGGUGCAAAAUGAACUGAAGACGGUCAGCAAGGCCUCAAUUCCUCCGGGAAAAGGGUGCUUGUACUCAUUGCAAGCAUUACUCUGACCUCUUCGGUGUGGUUCGGCAUCCUGCAAGCAGUCAGAUGGAUAAUGUACAGUAAGAAAGAGGAGCCUACCCAGCAUGCCAGAGGCGCAAAUCGCGGAUGACGAUGCUUCCCUUUGGGAUGAAGGGUUGCACUGGUGGACGUGUUUUCGCCCUCUCUUCCAGAAACGAUGGGCGGAUCCUACCAGAUGCCCUCUCACCAUGAGCCCCUUCUUGUGCUUCAAGCCCGAAUGCGUUAUGUGUUCCCAACCAAACUUCGGUCGAGCCAUUGUCAGGCUUCAUGUCAAUGAGAGGAACAUUUACCACCAAAGCAAAAGGGUGGUCGGGAUGAGCAAAGUCGGCAUCUGAAUGUACUGGUUGUCUUUGGGGUGGAGAAUCUUUUGUUGGUGGCAUCGCCGAGUUGCCGGAGCAGAAGGUCAGCUUGGGGCGAGGGCCUAGAAUGGCGGACGUUAUCUGUGUGGCAAUCGGGUCUGACUGCACCGUCAACAAAUACUGCCACAUGGUGAAUGUCGGAGAACACGUACUCAGGAAGAUCUCGGAGUGGAAAUGUUCUUUCACAGGCGGAGCAUCCUGCUGCAGGUUUCCUUGGUUGUAAUUGAAGGGGCCAUUUUUCCCUUUCGACUGCAAGUACAGGGCGUCCGCCACCAUUUUUGUAUUCAGCUUGUCCAGGACCUUGGUAUCGAUGGCAUUUUCCACCACCACCAGCCCGUCAUGUUGGAGCGAACGGACAGCUGUUUCGAGAUUUUGUUCGGUCAGUCGACCCUGCGCGAUCUCUGGCGGACUGGCACGAAACGACACUGGUUGUGCCUGCAAAGGUUGACCAGAAGAGAAAGUUCGUAUCAGGCUCCGGGUGAAGUUAGCCGGCAUAACACGAGCGGCGCUAUGCACCCAGCCCUUCCCACGAAAUGAGAUGAAGAGAGUUCCCGUCAUUGCAGUCUAUCACAUAUACUCUGUGCAGGUUGACAGAUGCGAUGAGAUGGAGAUGAACCCUCUCGUACGUGGCCAUGGUUGCGCUUUUUAUGCUCAUUUACAUUGGAUUGAACUCGCAUCCAUGUGACAAUAUCAGCGAGCGUCGGGCAAACCUGUCGAAACAGGUAAAGCGCUGCAUUGUGGUGGGUACCGAGCAUUUGCAGGUUGAUCAUCGCAUUCGACGUUCGUUCGACCGUGAGACACCGCCAACUCACAAGAUGCAGAGCAGGACGAGACACUCACGAAAUCCCUUUAGUCAAUUGCACCCUUUCGUAACCGGCGUCGACCUGCAGGGAUGUUCGAAUGUCUCUCUCUCGAAUGCGAAGAAUAUCAUGUUCCAGGUCGAAUUGCUCCGAGCAUUUGUCCCUUUUCAUCUCUUACUUGUUCACUUCCUCCACCCGCUCUUGCACGACUUCUUUAUUCCUGGUUUGCAGUGCUGACGCAGGAUCGAUGCCACAACGCACUGCCAACUUCUCCUCAAUGCCGAACAAUCGGCUCAUUUCUUCCAAAGUCCUUCCUCGAGUUUCCACCAUCGCAUAUCGCACGAAUAUGAAUGCCAGUACACAAAUCCCGGAAUAAAUGAUGUACAAACCCCAGCCAAUAGCAGAACCAAUUGGCGGACUCGCCUGAGCAACAAUGUAACAACCCGCCCACAGACUCAUUGUCGACAAGGCGUUCCCCUUGGCCCUAUAAGUGACAGGGAAGAUUUCCGAUGCUAUGGGAAGACGAUGACGGCAUAAUUGGCACUGUCUCCUGGGUGGUGUUCGGCGUGCCAUUGAAGAACUAGCAUCCAGUCAGCCUCAGCAUUGAUCAAGACUGUUUUACUUAACCUACCAGUUAUCCCAAUCAUCGCGCACAUCAUGCCCACGACGCCAAUUUGCAGCCAGGUCUUCCGCCCAAGUCUGUCGAAAACAAAGAUUGGUAUCCAGGCGAAAACGAAAAGGACAAUUCCAAUCCCUCCUGUGGCCAGAUUGCGAGUGUGCGCAUCUUCAAUGCCUCCACGUUCGAACAAUGACGGAGAAUAAUACAGUAUGGAAUUUGUUCCUGUGAUCUGUUGAAAGAACUGUACACCAGCGCCCAGCAGGGUGACCCUGAGGACGGGCCAGCGAAACAUAUCCGUCCAGGUUGCCAUGGCCACUGUCUUCUCGAACGCUACGUUCUCCGCAAUCUCCUGCAUCUCGAGUUCCGCUGCCUCAUCGCCAUGAAAGCGGGCAAGAACUUCUCUGGCGCACUCGUGGCGAUCUUGUUGCACUA